GGGUUGGCUUAAUUAUGAGGAAAAUGCCAAGCUUUUACCAUACCGCUGUUCAAAACGGCAGUUGAGUCACCGCAUUGUUCGUUAGCUCACUGAUCAUUGUGGUCUUCACAUUUAUGAACACUAUCAACUACUAGCAACUCUAUAUCUGAAACGUAGUUCUUCUGAUUUAGUUGAAGAGAUGGAGCUUGCCUCCAAUGGGGAAUUAGACCAAAACCCACCUACUAAAAUGGAGGAACAAGAAGUGAAAUUAAGUAAAAUGUCCUUUUUUGGUUUGUUUGGUGCUGCUGAUGGAAUUGACUGUUUGUUGAUGGUGUUUGGAAGUUUAGGAGCGUUUGUUCAUGGGGCUUCCCUUCCUGUUUUCUUUGUUCUGUUUGGUCGGAUGAUUGAUUCUUUGGGACAUUUGUCCAAACAUCCUCAUAGAUUGUCUUCUCGUAUUGUUGAGAAUGCUUUGUACUUGAUCUAUCUUGGCCUCAUUGUGUUGGCAUCAGCAUGGAUAGGUGUGGCAUUUUGGAUGCAAACGGGAGAGAGGCAGACAGCGAGGUUGAGAAUGAAGUAUCUCAAUUCUAUUUUGAAGAAAGAUAUUAACUUUUUCGACACCGAGGCCAAAGAUUUCAACAUAAUGUUUCAUAUCUCAAGUGAUAUGGUUCUGGUUCAAGAUGCAAUAGGUGACAAGACAGGUCAUGCUAUGCGUUAUUUCUCCCAAUUCAUAGUUGGAUUUGCCAUUGGAUUUACAUCAGUUUGGAAACUGACGCUUCUGACUUUGGCCAUUGUUCCAUUGGUAGCCAUUGCAGGAGUUGCGUACACUGUCAUCAUGUCAACUUUGUCUCAAAAAGGUGAAGCUGCCUAUGCUCAAGCUGGAAAGACAGCAGAAGAGGUUAUUGCACAGAUUCGAACAGUGUAUUCGUAUGUAGGAGAGAGUAAAGCAUUGGAGAAAUACUCUGAAUCGCUUCAAAAUGCUUUGAAACUGGGGAAGAGGAGUGGUUUCGCAAAAGGCUUUGGCGUGGGGUUUACAUACAGUCUUCUGUUUUGUGCCUGGGCAUUGCUCCUCUGGUAUGCCAGCAUCCUUGUCCUCCACCAUGAAACAAAUGGAGGGAAGGCUUUCACUACAAUCAUCAAUGUCAUCUUCAGUGGAUUUGCACUGGGUCAAGCUAUGCCAAAUCUCGCAGCCAUUGCGAAAGGUCGGGUGGCUGCAGCCAACAUUUUUAGCAUGAUUGACGCAGAUUAUGAAUCUUCUUCAAGGUCUAACAAUGGAGUCGCGUUGUCGAGUGUAGCAGGGAAGAUUGAGUUUUCUGAGGUUUCCUUUGCUUAUCCCUCUCGACCCCAACUGAUUUUUGACAAGUUAAGCUUCUCCAUAAGUGCUGGAAGAACAGUUGCAGUUGUUGGCCCCAGCGGCUCAGGGAAGAGCACCAUUGUUUCCAUGGUUCAACGUUUUUAUGAACCUUCUUCAGGUAAAAUACUAUUGGAUGGACAUGAUCUUAGGACUCUUGAGUUAAAAUGGUUGAGAAGGCAAAUGGGGUUGGUUAGUCAAGAGCCUGCCUUGUUUAAUACCACAAUAGCUGCCAAUAUUCUUUUUGGUCAAGAAAAUGCAACCAUGGAUGAGAUCAUUGCAGCAGCAGAAGUUGCAAAUGCUCAUUCUUUCAUUCAAGAAUUACCAGAUGGCUACUCCACUCAGGUUGGAGAGAGAGGGAUUCAACUUUCAGGUGGGCAAAAGCAAAGGAUUGCCAUUGCAAGGGCAGUUCUACGGAAUCCAAAAAUAUUACUUCUUGACGAAGCCACCAGUGCUCUUGACUCAGAAUCAGAACUCAUUGUUCAACAGGCACUGGUCAGAAUCAUGUUGAAUCGAACAACAAUUAUCAUUGCCCAUCGACUUUCAACGAUUCAAGAAGCAGAUACGAUCUUUGUCCUGAAAAAUGGUCAGAUUGUUGAGAGUGGAAACCAUUCAGAAUUGAUGUCAAAGAAUGGUGAGUAUGCAGCUCUCGAGAGCCUUCAGCUGCCAGGUCAAGUGAACGAUUCUAGCAUAAUAUCACCACCUGGAAGUUCCAGGCAUUCAAGUUUUCAAGAAGCUUUUAGCUCUCAUAACAGUAUACUAGAUUCCAAGUCAUUCAGAGAGACUAAGUUACAAUCAGCAAACAAAGAUUUGAAAACAUUGAAUUAUUCUCCUCCAUCAAUUUGGGAACUACUAAAGUUAAAUGCACGAGAAUGGCCUUAUGCAAUACUAGGAUCCAUAGGAGCAAUUCUUGCAGGCAUUCAAGCUCCUUUGUUUGCUCUUGGCAUAACUCAUGUCCUAUCUGCAUUUUAUUCUCCCCAUCAUUCUCAAAUCAAAGAAGAGGUCCAUCAUGUCGCUUUCAUGUUUGUUGGAGUUGCUAUUUUCACCAUUCCUAUAUAUCUGCUGCAACACUACUUCUACACAUUAAUGGGAGAGAGACUUACAGCCCGUGUUCGUUUGCUGUUGUUCUCAGCUAUCCUUUCCAAUGAAGUUGGUUGGUUUGAUUUUGAUGAGAACAACACCGGAGCAUUGACAUCAAUCUUGGCAUCCAAUGCAACGUUAGUAAGAAGUGCACUGGCCGACCGUAUAUCGACGAUCGUGCAAAAUGUAGCGCUUACUGUGUCUGCAUUUGUUAUUGCCUUUAUAUUCAGUUGGCGCCUUGCAGCUGUUGUUGUAGCUUCUUUGCCCCUUCUUAUUGGAGCCUCAAUAACUGAGCAACUAUUUCUCAAGGGAUUUGGUGGAGACUAUGGUCAAGCAUAUAACCGGGCAACAGCUGUAGCACAUGAAGCCAUCGCCAAUAUACGCACAGUUGCGGCAUUUGGUGCUGAAGAAAAGAUCUCAAGUCAAUUUGCUUUUGAAUUGAACAAACCCAACAAGCAGGCCUUUCUGAGAGGUCAUGUUGCUGGCUUUGGCUAUGGGAUAUCACAAUUCUUUGCAUUUUGUUCCUAUGCACUUGGCCUUUGGUAUGCAUCAACUCUUAUCAAACAUAGACACUCAAACUUUGGGGACAUCAUGAAAUCUUUCAUGGUUUUGAUAAUCACAUCAUUGGCAAUAGCAGAAACCCUGGCUCUUACACCUGAUAUUGUAAAAGGCUCACAAGCAUUAGGAUCAGUCUUUAAUAUCCUCCAUCGAAAAACGAUCAUAGAUUCCAACAAUCCAUCAGCCGAAAUGGUAACUAACAUCAUAGGUGACAUUGAAUUCAAUAACGUGAGUUUUAAGUACCCUGCAAGACCAGAUAUCACAGUUUUUGAGGACUUGAAUCUAAGAGUUUCUGCAGGCAAGAGUCUUGCUGUUGUUGGACAAAGUGGGUCGGGAAAGAGCACUGUGAUUGCAUUGGUGAUGAGAUUCUACGAUCCCAUUUCAGGAACGAUCUUGAUCGACGGUCGUGACAUUAAAAGCUUAAACUUGAGAUCACUGAGGAUGAAAAUUGGGUUGGUUCAACAAGAACCAGCAUUGUUUUCCACAACAAUAUAUGAAAACAUCAAAUAUGGGAAUCAGGAGGCAUCAGAAAUCGAAGUAAUGAAAGCAGCCAAGGCAGCAAAUGCUCAUGGCUUCAUUAGCCGAAUGCCAAAUAGCUAUCAAACGCACGUUGGCGACCGAGGAGUGCAACUCUCAGGAGGGCAGAAGCAGAGGGUGGCAAUUGCUAGAGCAAUACUAAAAGAUCCUUCCAUUCUUCUGUUGGAUGAAGCAACAAGUGCAUUGGAUGCAGCCUCUGAGAGGCAAGUGCAAGAGGCUCUUGACAGGUUAAUGGAAGGCCGAACAACAAUUCUUGUGGCACACCGGCUUACGACCAUCCGCGAUGCCAACAGAAUAGCCGUGCUCAAAAGUGGUAGAGUGGUUGAGAUUGGCAGCCAUGAUAGCUUACUGAAGAACCCCCACAGUAUCUAUAAACAGUUGGUAAAUUUGCAACAUGAAACGACUGUGCAAUCGCUUGAGUAGUUAGUUUUGGUAUUGUAUAUGAUGAAAUCAUCUCUCAGGAGGUCGAGAUUGCAAAACAGUUUGAGAGAGAGAGAGAGCUUAGCAAGUUUCAAGGUUUCUGCAGAAAACAUUUCCCAUGGCAAUGUCAAGUAAAUAUCUUGCUGUAAUCUCUUCUCUCAAGUCUCACUCACUUUGUGUAAAUUCUAUAUUUGGAAGUGAAUACAUGAACCCCAACAUUACAGACUUAAUCGUACAAGUGCUUUUUGUAAGCGAA